AAUGAUAAGAAACAAAAAAAAUAAUCAAAAUAUGAAACUUUAUACAAACGUGUCCAAUAGUACGUCAGAUUUCCCUUAUUGGCUUCAUUCACAAAUUUCAUAACGCGGAAAACGAUCAUUUUUUACAGCCACCCACCCCCUCAUAAUGCUUUUUUUUUAAUUAUACUAAAAAUUUUGUAUAACAUAGUUCAUUUCCUGCUCGGGCAUCCAUCCCCUGCAGCGUAUAAAAUUUGUGAAUGAGCCCAUAUUUCAUUCAUCUUCAUAUUACCAGGGGAGGCAUCUCCAUACCAAUCAAAAAAUCCAGCAGAAUAAAAUUAGCACAAUUCUGCCAACCAAUCUCACAGAAUUUGAUUAGCACCAUUUUUAGGGGUAUCUGGUGUAAAAUGCACUCUUAAGGCAAAACGACUUUUUUACUUUCGAAUCGAUUUCGUAACAUCGUAUGUUGAGGACCCAUACUGCCGGAUCUUGGCGAAAUUGUUUUAACAGUUACAUCGCAAAUACUUUCAAAAGGCUCUCAUGGGUCGAUUUGUUUCCAGGAUGCAUAUAAUCUCUGAUUCCCUUACCAUGCUGGUUCCAAACAUAUCCCUGGUCAGCCCCUGGUGAUUUAUUAUCAACAAAAAUAAUUAAAGUCCAAUUAUUUUCACUUUUCAGCUCAGAAGUUUACCAACGCUUCAUUGGUCUACAUAACUGAGACAGUUUUAGAGGAAAUUGGAAUAAUUGAAAAAGGCCCGCAAGUGGUAAUUCUAACCGUGGUAGCAAAACUGAAAAAAGCUCAUCAUGACAGUACAUUGGAUACAAACCCUACCGAAGCUGGACCAUCACGAAGCUUAACUGAGUCUCCGAGUGAAGCUGUAACAAUCCGACAAACCCUGGAACGAGAUGCUACUUGUCGAAAAAUACUUUACACUAAAAUUGAUGCUGGAAAUGUACCGACACAUACUGAACUGUUGUCAGUGGUUCGAGUUCUUUGUAAUAAUAUGGUAUCGAAACUGCUGAACGAGAAAAUUUAUCCAUCAACUGAAGAGAAAAAAGCGUUGGCAAAGCAAGUUAUUGAAACUUUUCCCAUAUUGGCUUCCACAAAAAUAACGGAAAACUCUCCCGACCAUUCAUACUUUUUUUGGAAAAAUGGAGGCAAAGGACCAAAUCAUGAACAUUCGGGACUCAUUCAUACUCACUUACGGAACAAAGCCAAAAAGCUUAAGGCCGAAGACCGAAAAUACACUCAUAAGAAAAAAGCUGACAAAGUCAGCAGCAUUCCGACUGGAAUAGUUGAGCUAGCUGAAGAAUGUGCUCACAAGGAAGCUACAGCCGCCAAUUUCAAUACAAUCGUGAAGCUCAUGGAUAAAACGCACACUCUUCACAUCAUGAUGCUGCAAGAUAAGAAGCCAUUCGAUUUCAUCCUUCAAACAUUUCCGCAUUUCAAAUCAUUUGAUGGACUUUUGAUUCAAAAAGCAUAUGAGCGCAUGACACCAAACUAUGACAAAAAUAGUAAUCUCGUUCCUGUUUUCGUCCGUGGGCUGAUGAUUGAACCAGAAAUGUUCUCUGCAAUUCCGGAUGACAAUCUUCGUGGCUGCUUGCGGAUUUUGUUGCAUCUGAAGCACAGAGGUUUGAAAAGCCAAGAAAGAGGACCAAACAAUGGACUCAGCGUAGAAGAGCAGCUAGCUGCUGAUCUUAUCCGCUUUGUACCGGACACAGAAACAUCCAUGGAAGAACAGCUGGCCAGAUAUGUGGCCUAUAAUCAUGAACAUGAUGUACCUGUCGCUCCACAUAUGAUUUGCAAGGGUGACGAGUAUCAUUUGUUCAUUCAAGGCCACUUGGUCAAAUGCGGAGACAGUUCAGUACAAGCUGUGGAUGUUCUUUUUAAGAGUUUCGCUGUCUUCAGAAUUCCAGUUCCUCCUGUGCUCCAAAAACUUCACGACUUGAUUGAAAUUUCUUGCUACAAAGUCAAGCAGCAUAGCACACGACAGGCCGUCAACAAAUUGUGCGCUACGAUCCAAGAGUCGUGCAAGGCAGAAAUAAUUUGAAAAUUGCACGAAAUGUAUUAAACUGCUGCACAAUAAAUGAAAUAAACGUUAU